CUCCCACGGCUCCGCUGGGAUCAUAGCAACCAACGGAGGUCUCUUCUGCACUCAUCGCCGGAGAAAAAGACCUUCGGGUAAAAAAAAAAAAAUUACCUGUUCUAUGCUCCUAAGAAUCUCUCUCCUCUUCCUCAAAUCUCUCCAUGCCAUUGCCGGAAUACCCCUGAUCUUGUCCCCAAAGUUUUCCCCACCGUUCCCGACCUCAUCCCCGGUUCGCUCGUUUUCCCAUUACUAGUUUCCUCGAUCUUUUUUUUGCUCCUCCACUUUUGUCGGAGAAGACCGCUGGAACAAUGGACGGAACCCCUGAAACCCUACCCCCACCGGCAUUUCCGGGGGAGAUCAGCUCCGCCCUAUCGGAGAUCCUCCUAUCCGGAACCGACCCCUUGGACUCCAUCUUCUCCCACCUCCCGCCGCCGUUCCCCGCAGCGCCGGAGCCCCUCGGAUCCGGUGUCUAUCGAUACCAGACGGAGCUCCUCCGGAGGCUCGCCACCGAAGCCCGGCCCUUCUCUGCCCCCUUCCCCUACCACGUCAAUCCGCCCGCCUGGGCGGCGGCGGAUCAAAAUCACCGCCUGUUCUACGGCGUCGGGCCGGUGAAGAAGAAGCUCUAUCGGGGAGUCCGGCAGCGGCACUGGGGGAAGUGGGUGGCCGAGAUCCGUCUCCCCCAGAACCGGAUGCGGGUGUGGCUCGGCACGUACGACUCGGCCGAGUCGGCGGCCUACGCCUACGACCGCGCCGCCUACAAGCUCCGCGGCGAGUACGCCCGCCUCAACUUCCCGGACCUCAGGGACGGCGGCGAUUGCCCCGAGAAGCUCCGCGCUCUCGGAUCCGCCGUCGACUCCAAGAUCCAGGCCAUCUGCCAGCGGGUCGAGCGGCAGAGAAGAUUGAAACGGAUAUCUGAGUCCAAGAAGGGGAAGGCCAAGGGAGAGAGACGGAGAGACGAGAAGCCGUCGUCGUCGUCGGCGGUGGCGGCGGAGGGCCCAUCGGAGACGUCGUCGUCGGUCUCGGCGGAGAGUUUGAAGACGGCAGGAUCCACGGAAAUGGAAGGCGAGUGUUCGCUGGCGCGGCUGCCUUCAUUCGAUCCCGAGUUAAUCUGGGAAGUGCUGGCUAAUUAAGCCCAAAAAAAUCUGCAUUAGCUUCAUAAAUAUGUAACUAAUGGAUAUUAUAAGGUUGGAGGGAAUACUGAAUAAAUGUUAGAGUUGUAACCGAGAUAUUUGAUGCGUGAAGUGACAUCUGGAAGGAUUUUUAGGCUUAGGUUUGGCAUGUGGAGGACAGCAAAAAAGCUAGGAUUAGGAUAGCAUGUCUGGUUGGCUCUAAAGGUGUGGUCCUCUCGGAGUGGGAUUUGUUCGUAUACGAAAUCCUUUAUCCUUUUUUUUUUAAAGGAUUUGGAUACUAAUCAAUUAUAUAUGUGGCCGUGUGAUCGUCAA